AUGACCAAAUCAGCCCUUCUGGUGUACCGUUCUGCUCUUCGGGCCACGCGGACAGCCUUUAACGGCGAUGCUAAGAUUCUCGCAGCCUCCAGACUCAAGAUUAGAGAAGGCUACGACAAGAAUAGAAACCUCACCGACAAGGAUGAGAUCAACAAGGCCAUCAACGACUUGGACGAGGUGGCCAAAUUCCUCGUUAAGAACAUCGUUCAGGCCGAGGAGCAGGAGAAGGACCGCUACUACCUCAAGUUCCACAAGGACACUGAGUUGGGCGACAACGCUACCAUCAAGCAAAACAACCGAGCCAACAUGGGCUCUUUGGCUGGCGCCAAGGUUAGACGUUGCAGCGACAACAAAUAA